AUGCCGUCCCUCAGGCAAUCGCGGAGCGCGAUUGGCCCCGCUGCAUUCUGGGAGUUGUAGUCUCUCGCGACUGGCCCCACCCCGUGUGCAGUUUUCGGGGCCUAAGUCUGGAGAAAACCCUAGCGGGUGGCUCGCCGCGGCUCAAGUUCUGGAGAGCGGUGCCGCCCUUAAACCUUGGUCCCAGAGCCCUGGUGGUCCACUCCGCCUUUUGUCGAAUCUUUUCCACAGCCCAAAAUGGCGGCGGAGGUGUAUUUUGGCGAUCUAGAGCUGUUCGAGCCGUUCGACCACCCAGAGGAGUCGAUUCCGAAGCCCGUUCACACUCGCUUCAAGGACGACGACGACGACGGCGACGAGGAGGACGGGAAUGGCGUCAGCGACGCGGAGCUGCGGGAGCGGCUUCGGCAGUGCGAGGAGACCAUCGAGCAGCUCCGCUCCGAGAAUCAGGAACUUAAACGAAAAUUGAACAUUCUGACUCGACCAAGUGGAAUAUUGGUGAACAAUACUAAGUUAGAUGGACCUAUAUUACAGAUUCUAUUUAUGAACAAUGCUAUUUCAAAGCAAUAUCAUCAAGAAAUAGAGGAAUUUGUAUCAAAUUUAGUAAAAAGAUUUGAGGAACAGCAGAAAAAUGAUGUGGAAAAGACUUCCUUUAAUCUUUUGCCCCAGCCAUCCAGUAUUGUGCUAGAAGAGGACCAUAAAGUGGAAGAGUCCUGUGCCAUGAAAAACAACAAGGAAGCUUUCAGUGUUGUAGGAAGUGUCCUGUAUUUUACUAAUUUUUGCCUUGAUAAAUUGGGGCAACCGCUUCUAAAUGAAAACCCUCAGCUUUCCGAAGGAUGGGAAAUACCCAAGUACCAGCAAGUCUUCAGCCACAUUGUUUCUCUAGAAGGGCAAGAAAUACAAGUAAAGGCAAAAAGGCCAAAGCCUCACUGUUUCAAUUGUGGUUCUGAAGAACACCAAAUGAAAGAUUGCCCAAUGCCCCGGAAUGCUGCUCGAAUAAGUGAAAAGAGAAAAGAGUAUAUGGAUGCCUGUGGGGAAGCAAACAAUCAGAAUUUCCAGCAGCGCUACCACGCAGAAGAAGUAGAAGAAAGAUUUGGAAGAUUCAAGCCAGGAGUUAUUAGUGAAGAACUUCAAGAUGCACUAGGUGUGACGGACAAGAGUCUUCCACCUUUUAUCUAUCGGAUGCGCCAGCUAGGGUACCCACCAGGGUGGCUCAAAGAGGCUGAAUUGGAGAAUUCAGGGCUUGCACUCUAUGAUGGAAAAGAUGGCACUGAUGGGGAAAUGGAAGUUGGGGAAAUACAACAGAAUAAAAGUGUCACUUACGAUCUCUCAAAAUUGGUCAACUAUCCUGGUUUUAAUAUAUCCACUCCAAAAGGAAUUCCAGAUGAAUGGAGGAUGUUUGGUUCCAUACCAAUGCAGGCAUGUCAACAGAAGGAUGUGUUUGCCAAUUACCUUACUUCUAACUUCCAAGCGCCAGGUGUGAAGUCUGGCAGCAAAAGGUCUUCAUCUCACUCUAGCCCGGGUAGUCCAAAGAAGCAGAAGAAGGAAAGCAACUCAGCAGGCUCCCCUGCCGACAUGGAGCUCGAUUCAGAUAUGGAGGUACCACAUGGUUCUCAGAGCGGCGAAACUUUUCAGUUUCAACCACCAUUACCUCCUGACAUUCCUCCUCCACUCCCUCGGGGAACUCCUCCACCCGUCUUCACCCCUCCUCUCCCCAAGGGCACCCCACCACUGACUCCCAGUGACUCACCCCAGACCAGAACAGCAUCUGCAGCUGUGGAUGAGGACGCCCUGACUCUGGAAGAACUUGAAGAACAGCAGAGGCGUAUCUGGGCGGCUCUGGAGCAGGCCGAAAGCAUUAACAGUGACUCUGACAUUCCUGUGGACACACCUUUAACUGGGAAUUCCGUUGCCUCUUCACCUUGUCCAAAUGAGCUAGACCUCCCUGUCCCAGAAGGAAAAACAUCUGAAAAGCAGGCGCUGGAUGAGCCUGAGGUACCAGACAUUUUUACAAAGAAAUCAGAAGCUGGACGUGCCUCCAGCCCAGAUUCUGAGGUAACAUCACUUUGUCAGAAGGAAAAGGUGGACCUGGCUCCGGUAAAUGCUGAAGGUGCCUGUAUUGAUAAUGGCAGUGUCACACCAAACUGUGAUAUCAGCAAUGGGGGCAGCCGGAAGCUCUUUCCUGCAGACACCAGUCCUUCAACAGCCGCUAAAAUGCAUAGCCCUAUACCUGACAUGAGCAAAUUUGCAACUGGAAUCACACCAUUUGAAUUUGAGAAUAUGGCAGAAUCCACUGGGAUGUACCUCAAGAUAAGAAGCUUGUUAAAGAACUCACCCAGAAACCAGCAGAAAAACAAAAAGGCCUCUGAAUAAUGGCUUGACUUAGCACCAAGAGCUAUUUAAUAACUUUGUUCCAUUAAUUAGUACUAAUUAAAUGGAUAGAUAAAAUUGUUUUCCUGUUUGUUCCUCCCAUGUUUAAAAAUCUAUCCAAGGUUUGUGUUCCAAAGUCGAGCCUAUUUUAAAGAAUGGAAAGACUGAGCUCACUAGUUUACUAUAUUUUACUCUCACUGACAAAACCUGGGGGGAGAUGUGAAUAUGACCUGGAUUAGACAUAGUUUGUUAAGGUUUAUACUAUUUUUGGAUUGUGACUGUCCGUUGAGAUUGAUGGUUUUUAUCUGUCUUUUGUACAUUGUUUUCCCUUUCUACAUUUUGCUAAUUAUCCUGUAUAUAAGUUUAAUAUAUCACUUUUUAAAAGAAAAAAUUCUACCAUUUUAAAUUCAUAUUUCAACUCCAACAACCAAAUGAGAAAAAUCAGGGAUGAGCAGCUUUAUCCCAUUUGGGGUAUUUUUAUAAGUGAAUUACAUGUAUCAAUUUUAGUAAUACUUCUACUUCUUUGUAACUUCAUGCUUCAUAUAUGCUUGCUAUACAGGUAUGUUCAUCUUUGUGUACAGAGGUUUAAUAAAUUAGUUUUCAUAGACAUAA